CUUCAAACUCUUUCAUCAGUGGAGUGUGAGGGAGGGAGGCUCCUUCUUGGGAGGCUUUUAAGCAGAGGCUGCGUGGCCAUCUGUCGGGGGUGCUUUGUGCUUUUCCUGCAUGGCAGCGGGUUAAACAGGAUGGUCUAUGUGAUCUCUUCCAACUCUAUGAUUCUAUGAAACUGCACAUUCAAUGAUUCCAUAGUACUGGGCCAGGCAGUUCAAGUAGUAUCAAACUACAUUAAUCCUACAGUGUAAAUACACUUGCAAGAGUGGGGCCCGAAUUCUACGUUGGUCAGACCACACCUGGAAUACUGAAUAUCGAAUUCUGAAGGGAGAUGUCGACAAGCUGGAAUGUGUCCAGAGGAAGAUUCACCGUCCUUUAUAUUCCUUAGUAUAAGAUGGGAGUUCAAGGGCUUUGGAAGUUACUGGAGUGCUCUGGAAGACCGAUAAACCCAGAAACACUGGAAGGGAAAAUCCUUGCUGUUGAUAUCAGCAUUUGGUUGAACCAAGCUGUUAAAGGAGUAAGGGACCGCCGUGGAAAUUCAGUGCCCAAUGCUCAUCUCCUCACUUUAUUUCAUCGACUUUGCAAACUAUUGUUCUUUCGCAUUCGACCCGUUUUCGUUUUUGAUGGAGAAGCACCACUUUUGAAGAGGCAGACCUUGGCCAAGCGAAGACAACGAAAAGAGGUUGCAGCCACUGACUCCAAGAAAACAACAGAAAAACUUUUGAGAACUUUCCUGAAACGGCAAGCUAUCAAAACUGCUUUAGCAGGCAAGAGCACUGCUGAGUUCCCUAGCCUUUCAGAAGUAAGAAGAGAAGAAGUAGAUGAUAUUUAUGUGUUACCUUCCUUACAAGAUGACAAGAAAAAUAGCUCAGAAGAUGAUGAUGAAAAAGAAUGGGAAGAGAGAAUGACCCAGAAAAAGAUGUUGCAAGAAGAAUUAAUUGAAAACCCUCAUUCUGUUGAUGUUGAAUCAGAAGAUUUCCAGAGCCUCCCCCCGGAGGUAAAACAUGAGAUCCUCAGUGACAUGAAGGAAUUCACAAAGCGCAGAAGGACGUUAUUUGAGACAAUGCCUGAGGAAUCCAAUGACUUCUCCCAGUACCAGCUAAAAGGACUGCUUAAGAAAAGCAGCUUAAAUCGGCACAUAGAAAAGGUUCAGAAGGAAAUGAAUGAACAGCACACGGGUGAAAUUCAGAGUCAGUAUGAAGAUGACGGGGGCUUCUUGAAAGAAGUGGAGACCAGGAGGGUUGUGUCUGAAGAUACCUCUCACUACAUCCUCAUAAAAGGUAUCCAGUCCAAAAAAGAGGUUUCCAGAGAUCUACCAACAACAUCUGAAAGCCAUUUGCCUAUGCCUGAAGAUUCAAAGCCUGAUGUGAAUACCUCCAAACCCCUGGUUCAUGAAAAGCCACCCCUGUGCGAUCUCUCAAAAACCGAGUCAACAAGUAAUACAGAUCCAACACCACCUUCUCCCAGAACAGUUCUUGCAAUCCAGGCAGCUAUGCUGGGAAGCAGUUCAGAAGAAGAGAUGGAAGAUGAAAACAAAAACCAGUCAGAUUUCGCUAAACAAAAGUAUGGCUCUGGUAUAGAUGCAGGCAAUAUGUCACCAAGAACACUAAGGGCAAUUCAGAAAGCUUUGUAUGAAGAGGAAGAUGAUUCGGGACCAUCUUUUCCCAAUAGUGCUGGUAAUAGCCAAGAUGACAGACCUUCUGUGAAGAGCCUUCUGGUCAGCAGCUCAGAUGAGGAGAGUCAGGUACCUGAGAGUCAGAAUGGAAAAGAACUUCCAUUUUUACUUACAGAGCAAACUGAAAAGAGAAGCAUUAAUGAAGAAAAGGCAUUGGGCAAGGAUCAGAGUGUUCCUGAAGGCCCACACAGCCUUCUUGUGGAAAAAGAAAAAGAAAGAGAGGUGGAAAUGUGGUCAUUCCAAAGAGACAAGAGCACAAGCAGGGACUUGGAGCAGUUGACAAUGUCUUCAGGACAUAUUCCAUCAGCUGCCCCCACUCAUCCUCAUUUGUCAAAGCUAUCCCCAGAUGACGAAGUUGAAGAAUUGAGAGAAUUAGUUCACCAGCCUGAGAAAAGUGCCUCUGUUGUACAACCUGAAUUUUCAUUUCCUUCAGAAACAGGAAAGGUUUGUGAGGAAAGAGUCGAAGCUCCAUCACAAUCUGAAGAGAGUGAUUCUGAUGGUAGCUUCAUUGAAGUGGAUGCUGAGCUAAGUGAAGAAUUUCAGGACAACACAUGUGAGACGUCUCUUGCCUCAUCUGCUCAAAUGGAGGAGACAAUACCCAAAGCUGCAGUGGAUAUAAAAGCAGGAAAUGACAGCAGCAUGGAGAGCCUGCCAGAAAGUUCUGGUGAAGAUGUAGAGCCACGUACACUGCAGGAUGCUGAAACUGAAGGCAAAGAGGAGGAUGUGGUUAAUGAGUGGCAAGAUAUUAGUAUGGAGGAAUUGGAAGUCAUGGAAAUGAAUCUUUCUGUUGAACAAAACACACUUCAUGCUCAGAAAAAACAGCAGGAACGCAUUGCUGCCACUGUGACAGGACAGAUGUUUUUAGAAAGUCAGGAACUUCUGCGUCUCUUUGGCAUUCCAUACAUUGAAGCCCCAAUGGAAGCGGAGGCUCAGUGUGCCAUCUUAGACCUCACUGAUCAAACCUCUGGGACAAUCACAGAUGACAGUGAUAUUUGGCUGUUUGGAGCACGGCAUGUGUAUAAAAACUUCUUUAGUCAAAACAAAUAUGUGGAGUAUUACCAGUAUGUGGAUUUUCAGAAUCAGCUGGGCUUGGAUCGAAACAAGUUAAUUAAUUUGGCCUAUCUCCUUGGCAGUGAUUACACAGAAGGCAUUCCUAAUGUUGGCUAUGUAACAGCAAUGGAGAUUUUGAAUGAAUUUCCUGGACGAGGACUGGAACCUCUUUUAAAGUUGACGGAAUGGUGGACUGAAGCUCAGAAGUGUAAGAAAACACAGCCCAACCCAUAUGAUACUAAAGUAAAAAAAAAAUUGCGAAAGUUGGAAGUUGCACCUGGUUUUCCAAAUCCUGACGUAGCAGAAGCAUACUUGCAUCCCGUGGUGGAUGAAUCCAAGGGGUCUUUCAUUUGGGGAAGACCCGACUUGGAAGAGAUCCGAGAAUUUUGCCAGAGCCAUUUUGGCUGGACUAAGUUAAAAACAGAUGAAGUCUUGCUGCCUGUUCUGAAACAGCUGAAUGCUCAACAGACUCAGCUUCGUAUCGACUCCUUCUUCAGGCUUGCACAGCAUGAGAAGCAAGCCAUCAAGAGCCAUAGAGUUCGCAGGGCUGUUACUUGUAUGAGGAGGAAGGAGCGGGAAGAAGAGGAAACUGAAGUCUUGCAAGCUACUGCAGUCAUAGAAGAAGAGUUUAAAAAGAGAGAAAGAAAGAAAUGCAAGAAAAAUAAAGAACAAGGGACAUGUGCAACACAGAGCCACCGAGGCAAGAGGAAAACGCACCCACCACAUGCGAAUCAGAGCUUUUUGGGGGGAGGCUUCAUAGGGGAGAUUCAACUCUCAGAGGCAUCUAGUGAGUCUCUAGCUGAAGAUUUGGAGAAUGAAACUUUGGGAAAGAGCAAAAGAGAAAAAGCAGUCAAGAUGCUUAAAACAGACACUGUGUGUCGCAAAACAAAUUUAGGAUGUGAACGAACAUGGGAUGAAACAGGGAGUAGCAGCUCCAGCGAGGAGGAAAAAAUGCCAAUGGUAAGAGCCAGGCCUGCAUUUGAGGGAGGAAAAGCAAGGGGCAAGUCUUCCAGGGGAAGACGAAGGAAAUAGUGCUAGCUAGCAAUGUUAUUUCUAAAGAAAUUAUUUUGUAAGCAGCACAGUGUAAUCUUCACUAAGUAAAAAUUCCCAUCUGUAUUGUG